AAUACUUCUCCAUCUCUAUCUUGUAUAUCCAUUGAGGAAGAUUUUUUUUAUGUUUACAUCUUAUUUACAUCAUGUGAAAGGAAUUUUUUUUCUAUCUCUAUUCUCUAACAGAGCGCUGGAAUCGGAGACAGGGUCGCCAUUGUCAUGACUCACUCAUGGCUCAUGGGGUGCUACCGUGCUAGGUGCUUACUGCCUCGCCUCGGCGGCUCGGCCUACCUUCCCGGGUGCGGGUAUCCUCGCUCCCCAACCCGCUCCACCAGUCCAUCAUCACCCACGGCCCACCCCGCGCUUCUCGGAUUCCAGCUGUUCCCUCGGAUCCUUUGCCCGUCCCAUGGCAACGCCUAGGUGGCUGUGGCUGCCAUGAUGGGCGCUCUCGCCACGCCACCCCGCCACCCCGCCAUGUGCGUGCCGCUUUUGACAGAAGAGGACGAGGCAGAUCUCCAGUCCCCGGCCCUCCGUCCCCUCCUCCUGCGAAGGCUCCUCCAGCACCACUAGCUAGAGCUAACCCCGUGCUGCUGCUGCUGCUACUACCUGCUGCCGCGCGCCGUUCGUUGCCGUGCGGGCGUGUUGUGGUCCGCUGAUCUCGUUCGCGGGACGCCGGGGGGUGGUGGUGGUGGCAGCGGUGGUUGGUGGUGCGCGGCGUGAAAGAAAGAAAGAAAAAAAAAAGGCCCGCCGCUUUGCGCUGCUCUGCUUCCGUAGGUGUCACGAGAUUUGGCCCUAGCCUUUCGCUUUCCUUUUUCAUCUCGCUCACAAGGGAAGGGACCGAGGGACGAGGGAGACGUUGGGGAGGGGAGCGAGCGAGCCGUAACAUCCGAGCUGUUCCAAUGGCGACCCCUGCCGUUGCUUUCGUCGCCAGCGCUUUGUUGGGGCGGUGGUAGCGCUAGGAGCGGAGCAGUACUAGGUUGGUAGGUGGUUGUAGCUUUGCGCGUGACCCGAGCGCGCGCUCGCUCGCUCCUGUGCCUCUCUACCUCGCUUGCGUGCGCCGGGAAGGCAGUGGGUGGCUGGUCGGUUCUCGCAAGAGGUUGCUGGUGCUGUUCCUCCUCCCCCGGUUGAUGAGCAUGGGGCAUUGCUCCGAGCAGCGGACGGGGUUCGAGGUGACUAAGGACUGGAACGGCGCCGACCAGUUCGCGAUCCGGUCCCCGCGGGGGGCGUCCGUUCGGGCAGAAAAAAACUUCUCUCGGUCUGAUUCGAGCGUUGGGUUGUCGGCGCAGGUCUGCCUGCACGGCGGGCAGGUCGUCUCGUGGAGGAACCACCGCGGCGAGGAGCUCCUCUUCAGCAGCAGCAAGGCAAUCUUCAAGCCGCCAAGAGCGACCCGUGGUGGCAUUCCGAUAUGCUUCCCACAGUUUGGAAACUGUGGAACAUUGGAGCAGCAUGGAUUUGCAAGGAACAAGAUAUGGACAAUAGACGAUGAGGCUCCACCUCUAAAUUAUGGUGAUAAUAACAGCAACAAAGCUUCUGUUGACCUUCUGCUAAAGCCAUCUGAAGAUGACCUGAAGUGCUGGCCACACUGUUUUGAGUUACGUCUCAGAGUCUCUCUUUCAAUGGAUGGAGACCUUUCACUGAUAUCACGGGUCAGAAAUGUUAAUGGGAAGCCAUUCAGUUUCGCAUUUGCUUACCAUACAUACCUUUCUGUUUCUGACAUCAGUGAAGUGAGGAUAGAAGGUCUGGAGACCCUUGAUUAUCUUGACAACCUUAGCCAGCGGGAACGUUUUACCGAACAGGGAGAUGCCAUAACAUUUGAAUCAGAGGUUGAUCGAGUCUAUGUUGGCUGCCCAGGCGUAAUAGCUGUUCUUGACCAUGGAAAGAAACGCACAUUCAUCGUGCGGAAAGAAGGGCUUCCUGAUAUUGUUGUGUGGAACCCCUGGGAGAAGAAGUCCAAGACGAUGGCAGACUUCGGCGACGACGAGUACAAGCAGAUGCUGUGCGUGGAUGCAGCCGCGGUCGAGAGGGCCAUCACGCUGAAGCCCGGGGAGGAGUGGACGGGGAAGCUGGAGCUCUCCGCCGUGGCGUCGACCAACUGCAGCGACCACCUGGAUCGCCCGGGCAGGCUGUAGAGCGCUGGGUGGGUGGGUUCGUUCGCCCCUGACGAAAGGCAUGUACUAGUUUUUUUUCAUGUACAUGGGGGCGCUAGGUCCGGCCCUUGCAGGCUGCAGUAUCAUCUACCUGUCAGGUGUGUCAUGUGUGAGUUUAAACUUAUGUCAGAUCCAAGUAUUGCUGUGAUCGACAUGUUCGAUGUUCCUGGACUGCGAAGUCUCAAGCGCAGGCUGUUCGUUUGGCUGGCUUUAAUCCGAAACGGCAUCUAUAGAUUGUAGCUGCA